AUGACUGGGUCGUCAUAUAUUGAAUUACCAGCAUACAUCGACAGGAAACGGGGCACCAUCAACCCACAAAACAAUGACCAGCAAUGUUUCAAGUGGGCGAUUCUUGCGAGGCAUGUGGCCGAUAAUUUAUCGGAUAAAUAUAAAUAUUGUGUCGGUAAAAACUAUACACAACACGAAGCAAAAUAUAAUUUUGAUGAUAUUUCGUUUCCAACACCACUAUCGGAUAUUUCUAAAUUUGAAAAAAAUAAUCCGAACGUCACUGUGAAUGUGUAUGGGUUGGACAAAAAGUUCCAGCCACCGCGUAAAUAUCCGACGUACGAGGUGUACCCGCUACGUGUCGUUGAUGAGGAGAAAACCAACCACUUUGAUCUGUUGUUGGUGACGGACGGCGACAACUCUCACUACGUGUAUAUAUCGAAUUUUUCCAGGCUGGUCCGCGCUCAGAAAACCAGACACACUGGGAGUGUCGUGUUCUGUAAGAGAUGUUUUACGAGUUUCGACGACAGACGUCAUAAAUUCAAGUUGAGUGGGCAGGAGGCCCUGGACCAACACAAAUUGAUUUGCGGCGCGCACAAACCAAUUUUACCAGAGAUGCCUAAGGAGGGUGAUUGUGCUGAGUUCAAGGCGUGGAAAAACACGGUUAGGCACCCGUUUGUCAUUUACGCGGAUUUUGAGGCGAUCUUGACGAAGACGGAGGAGGCAAGAGGGGGUAGUACCACGAUUACUCAGAAACACGAAGCUAUGAGUUAUGGGUUUUUGGUGAAAGCGAGCGAUGACGUACCGGCAGAGUUAUUGCUUCAACACCAGAUACCGGCGGGGAUGGUAAUCUACAGAGGCAGCGAAGACAGGACGGACGUAGCGAGACAUUUUGUGGAGGCGAUAGUUGAGGUGGCCCAGAAAAUUGAAAAUCUCACGAAGACGAAUAUUCCGUUAAAAAUGGCUGAGGGUGAAGAAAAAACACAUCAAGAGUGUAUUAAGUGUAAUUUAUGCAAAUGUAUAUUAGUCGGGGGCGAUAAGGUUAGGGAUCAUGAUCAUUUGACAGGCAAAUUUAGGCAGACCUUGUGCUCUAGGUGUAACUUAGAGUUGCAACAGCCUAAAUUUGUACCUGUCUUUUUUCAUAAUCUCACAAACUACGACUCGCACUUCAUAAUCCCUGAACUUGGGUAUGAUACUAAGACUAUCAACGUUAUACCGAACAGUGAAGAGAAAUAUAUAUCUUUUUCGAAAUAUAUAAGUAGUACCUUCACUGUUCGGUUUAUCGACACGUUUCGGUUUAUGGCGUCGAGUCUGUCGUCCCUGGCUGAAAAUUUGCUUACACCCGAACAUGAGAAAUUCCGUGAGACAGCCAAACAUUUUGUCACCGGAGAUAUGCCGCUCGUGGCUCGUAAGGGGGUGUACCCGUACGAGUACACGGAUAGUUGGGAGCGGCUAGAGGAUACUAGGUUACCGAGUAAGAGGAGCUUUUACAGUACGUUAACAGAGACCGGGAUUAAGGAGAGCGAAUUUGACCAUGCUAAGGAGGUAUGGAGUCAUUUUAACUGUAGGACGCUCGGUGAUUAUUCCGACCUGUACCUGAAAAUUGACGUGUUACUGCUGGCGGAUGUUUUUGAGAACUUCCGCGACUUGUGUAUGAAGACGUAUAACCUGGACGCCGCCCAUUAUUUCACCGCCCCAGGCUUAAGUUUCGAUGCGAUGCUUAAGUUCACGGGGCAAAAGCUCCAGUUAUUGCAUGAUUACGACAUGUUGUUGAUGUUCGAAAAUGGUAUACGUGGAGGAUUGGUGCAGGCGAGCAAGCGAUAUGCGACGGCGAACAAUGUAAAGACUCCGGGGUAUGACGAAACGAAGGAGAAAUCGUGGAUCAUAUAUCAGGACUGUAACAACUUGUACGGGUGGGCAAUUUCUCAGUACAUGCCGUACGACGACACUUCACCCAUAGGACGAGUGUAUGAGGUGGACGUGUCGUAUCCAAGACACUUGCAUAACGGACAUAACGACCUGCCUUUCCUGCCGCAAAACAGCGUGCCUCGAGGCUCGAAGGUUAGGAAGUUGAUGGCGACAUUUGAGAAAAAGGAGAAUUACAUCGUACAUUAUAGGAACCUACAGCAGGCCAUUAAGAAUGGUUUGAUAGUUGAAAAAGUACAUAGAGUGAUACAGUUUAACCAGUCAGAUUGGUUGGCUAAAUAUAUAGAUUUAAACACCGAAAUGAGGAAAAAGGCUAGGAACGCAUUUGAGAAAGACUUCUUUAAAUUUAUGAAUAACGCUGUAUUUGGAAAAACUAUGGAAUCGAAACGAAAACAGCUGAAAAUAGAGUUGGUAUCCUGUGAGAGGAGGUUACAGAAAUGUAUUAAUAAAACUACUUUUAAACACUGCACUAAUUACAAUGAAAACCUCAAUGCAGUAGCGUUGGAGAAUAAGAUAAUUAAAUUUGACAAACCUAUAUAUAUUGGAUUUUCAGUGCUGGAUAUCAGUAAGACGUUGAUGUAUGACUAUCACUACAAUGUUAUGCAGAAGCACUAUAGGGAUAAAAUUAAGCUAAUGUACACUGAUACAGAUUCGUUGAUAUAUCAUAUUAAAACUACUGAUUUUUAUGAAGACUUGGCAGCUAAUCACAGCUUGUUGGAUCGAAUGGAUACAGCUAACCUACCCAGUGAUCAUCCAUGUUAUGUUGCAGUUAGAAAGAAGGAACCUGGGUACUUCUCAGAUGAAGUAGAUGCUGAUAUAAUACCCGAAUUUUGUGCAUUGAGGGCAAAGUUACGCUUUUAA